AUGGAGAAAAUUGAUCCAUGCCAUCGUUAUGGACACAAUUUACACUUCUACUAUGAUGUCUGGUCUGAUAGCAAGAGCACCCAACCUUUCUUCUACUGGUUGGAUGUUGGUGAUGGUAAAGACCUAAAUCUUGAAAGGUGCCUAAGGACUGUUCUACAACGUCAAUGCAUCGCGUAUCUUGGACCAAAAGAGAGGGAAGCAUAUGAAGUAAUUGUAGAGAGUGGAAAGCUUUUAUACAGGCAAACAGGGAUGCUUAUUAACACAGUUGAGGGUUCUAAGUGGAUUUUUGUGCUCAGCACAUCAAGGCCUUUGUAUGUGGGUCAGAAGAAGAAAGGUGUUUUUCAGCACUCAAGUUUUCUAUAGGGAGGUGCUACAUCAGCAGCAGGGAGAUUAGUUGCCCAUGAUGGGGUUCUUGAGGUACUAUCUAUAACAUAGC